GAUUCCUUAGGAAUAUUGAUUUGAAUGAAUUUAAUGCAUUUGAUUUCUGUGUAUUUACAGAUGGGGCAUGAGUGGGCUUGGCUGGAUUCUGAACAAGAGUAUCCCAAUGACUCAGAGUUGAGCAAUGACUGCAGGUCCCUCUUCAGCUCAUGGGACUCCAGUCUGGAUCUUGAUGUGGGCAGCUGGAGGGAAACUGAGGAUCCAGGGGCUGAAGACCUAGAGGAAAGCAGCCCAGGGAGAGAACCUAGUGAGCUGCUUGUGGGGGACAGAGGCAGUGAGGAGUCUCAGGAAGAAGCAGAGCAAAUCAGCCACCAGAACCUCCUCCACUUUCUCUCUGAGGUAGCUUAUUUAAUGCAGCCGUUGUGCAUUGGCAGCAGAGAAUCAAGUGAAGGCUGCUAUACUCCAUCUGGUACCGGGCAAGAAGAGGGAAGGGAAGUUGAAGCUACCGAUGGAGAAGGAGAGCUCUGCAUAGAGACUGAAGAGCUUUCAGCCAAGGUAGACCCCUUAGUAGCUGAAAAGAAGCUACUGGGAGAAAAUAGAAAGCCAGAGGAGGCUCCAGCUCCUUCAGAUAUUUGUGCAGUUCAGGGACUAUGCACAGAGAGUGAAGUGGAAGCUCAGCAAGAAUCCAAAGAGGAGGACCAGGGUGAAGGGUAUGUGUCAGAAAUGGAAGACCAGCCCCCUUCAGGUGAGUGUGAUGAUGGCUUCAGCAUUCAAGAGACUCCCCUGGUGGAUAUCCUUUACAGCCAUGCUACCUCCUCAAAGCUGUAAGUAUAGAUUUUUAUCCAAGGUUGUUAAGAUUCAUACUUCUACUUUUGUUUAUGCCUAUUUG